AUGCAAUAUACUGCACUGGAUAAAUCCAACUACCAAAUCAGGCUGCUGCAUCUCUCUCCUUCAUCGGAUCGACGGAGUAUUAUUGCUUGCCAUUUCAGCGUCACAUCGUUGCUUGCAGGGGCUCGAAACACAAACUAUGAAGCUCUAUCCUACGCAUGGGGAGAGCCUUUGCUUGAUCGGUCCAUCAAUCUAGAAGGAACGCACUUUGCAGUGACGGCAAACCUUCUCUCAAUUCUAAGAGCUCUUCGAUAUGCAGAUCAAGUCCGCGUACUCUGGAUUGACGCUAUCUGCAUCGACCAACACAACGUCCUGGAGCGGUCUCAUCAGGUCUCGCGAAUGAACGACAUAUACUCCAGAGCCUCAAAUGUCAUUGUGUGGCUGGGCGAGCCGCGUUCUGAUGCAGCGCUCGCUUUCAGUUUUCUUGAAGAGUUUGGGCAUAAUCCCAGCGAACAUCUAACGUUGCAUCGAACAGAGCGUAAUGUCGAACAGACGGCGAUGUCUGUCCGUUCGCUGUUGACGAGAUCCUGGUGGACACGUAUUUGGACUGCACAAGAAUGGAUCCUUGCCAAAUCAUCCAUCUUUCAGUGUGGACAGCAUGUUCUCGAUGGUGAUGUGCUUUUCCGGUGUCUGGACCAUUUCCGCCGCCACGUCAAAAGCAUCGAUUGCUGUGACAUGCAGCUAAGCUCGGACUUCCUGUUCAGGAUAGGAGAUUCGCUACAGCCAGCGCUUGCUCUGAGCUUGGUGAAACAGUCUUACGCCGAGCAGGACUUCUCAUACAGUCUUGGUUUUCUCCGAGUACGGCAGGCCACCGACCCUCGCGACAAAGUGUACGGCAUCUUGGCUUUGGCAGCAGAGCGAUACGCAGGCCUCCUGAAGGCCAAUUAUAAUCUGCCUGUGGAACAAGUGUACGAGCAAAUUGCGAUAGCGCUCAUUGAGCGCACUGGCCGCCUCGAUAUUCUCAGCCAUGUAGCUCCGAACCAGUCACGCAAUCUGAACGUACCGACAUUUGUUCCCGACUGGACAGUGGAGCUAGGCAAGGAGUAUAGCAGUGACUGGACAGAGAGGUUUCGUAAUCUCUAUAGAUACAAUGCCUGUCUAAGCAAAGCUGCCGACUUCGAAGCCAAACCAGGUGUUCUCUAUAUCAAGGGUAUUUUGACUGAUAGCAUAGUGACUAUGUCACCGAGGCGUCUGGGCUCAUAUCGCAAGACACGCUCAUACUGUAAUGAGAUACUGGAUGAUAUGUAUGAGAUCGCUGAGCCAGUCGAGGACAAGCCCUACGAUGGCCGAUACCAGACACGGAAGGAAGCCUUCUGGCUCACCAUGUGCGGUGGAUAUGAGACUAAUGCGAUAGACCGUCGCAGCCAUAUCAGCAAGCGUCGCUUGUCCUCUUACCAGUGCUUCGAGAGUUGGGAAGAGUGGUUCAGAGGGUCGCGCACAACGUACCAAACCAGCGAUUACCAGCUCCGUAGUGUUACUGAUAGCAUUGCCUCCGUGAGCAAGGGCCGGACGUUUUGCAUCACCGAGAAAGGCCUUAUGGGCUGGAUCCCCAAGAACUGUUUGCCUGGAGAUUGUGUAGCUGUCAUGACAGGGGGCAGAGUCCCCAUCAUAUUAAGGCCGCAUGAUGGAUACUACACCGUACUUGGAGACGCUUACAUACAUGGAAUCAUGGAUGGCGAGGCGAUACAUGCGGGCGAUUUCAAGUAUCUGGAAUUGCGCUAG